AUGCGCAGUUCCUCGCGAUCCUCCUCUUCCUCAUCUGUUUCAGACUUCAAAAGCCCUCGCACGGCACGAUUCGCAGAGGCAACAACAGUAAUCUCACCUAUCGAUCCGUCCGAUGGGGCUCGAUCCCCGUUCGCAGACCCUCCAGCUUCUGUCAUGAAAGAGGCUCAACAUCAUGUUUCGGAUGUUGGAUUCGGAUAUGUGGCUGACAGCGAUCCCUCGCGAUACGCGCAUCAACCUAUGACACCAGCCUCGCCUUUGAAAAGCGCUCUCAAGACCCCAGGUACGGCGAGAACGCUGAACCCGUUCAGUCCGACAUUCCGAGAAGAAGUUAAACUACAGAAGGAAGAAGUAAAGACGGCGAGAGAAAACAAGCGAGAUUUGAAAAUCAAAGUCAGAGUCAGAGCUGCAAAGGUACUUCUAAGAACCGUCAGCUUCAGCUGCUCUCUCAUUGUUCUUUCCCUCCUGUCAACCAGCUUGACCAUCUUCAGAGCUACCAAAGAUCUGCCUCCACGCAGUAAUCUUCCACCAUGGGCAGUAGGAACCAAUCCCUGGCCGCAAUAUCUGCUCCUGGUCAUGGCCUGCGUUUCUAUGGCUACUGCUCUAUUGGUCUUUUACGGGUACUGGCGAGGCGGUCAUCGCCGGGCUGAAAAGGUUGCUUUAUGGUACUCUGUCUUCUCAGUGGGAUUCUUCACCUUCAGUACCGUCAUGUGGGUAGUCGGAGCAGCCGUCUUCCAGAGCUCGAAGGCAAAUAGCAAAGGACAAGACCUAUGGGGCUGGUCCUGCAACGAUAACCUCCGUCAUCAGUUGUUCCAGGACCAGGUCGACUACGCCCUGGUCUGCCGUUUGCAAGAUUGGUCCCUGGUGUGUGCGAUUAUUGAAAUUGUGCUUGAAGUCAUCGUCAUCGCCAUCUAUGCCGUUGUAUUUUACCGAUUCUACACCAAGCAGCGCCUGAAGAAGACCAUGGAUGUCCGUGACAAGGCUCGUUCCGAUCUGUACCUUGCUCAACUCCGUGUGCAGUCUGCACCAAACACCCCAGGAUUCUUCCCCAUGACACCAAAGUCUCCUUAUAUGUCAAUGGCCGCUCAACAAUAUCAUCAAGAUACGUACUCCGUAGCUGAGAAUGGCGAAAGCUACGCCGUUCAAUACGCAACACCAAAGUCGCCUACACGCGCAGUCACAAAACCAUUCCAACUUCAACCGCCCCCUAUCCGGGUGCAGAACGCGACACCAAAAGUCGCUCAACAGGGCUUUGGAGAUCCUGUUAGUACCGCUCACACUUCAAACAACCCCAAUGAAGAGGAUUUGUCGGAGAAAGUCAACGAGCAUGUCGGCGCUGCUCCGGGUGAAAAGACAUAUGAUGCCGUGCCGAUUCCAGGAGCAUACGCCGGACCAUUGAGUCCUAGCUAUCCUCCACCACCGGGUCAAGCUCACGGAUACGAUUAG